AUGGCAACAGCAACACCUCCAACAGCCACUGGUAUAGCACGUGGUAGUAGUCUUCAUUCAAGUUUGGGAACUGUUGCUCCAUUAAAUACACCAACACGACGUUUUUAUGGUUCACAAGAUCAAGUUGGAGUUCAACCACUAGGUGUACCUAAUCCGAAUAUAUAUGUUGUACAACCAUUUAAAAAUGCAUCAAUACCUAAAGAUUAUGUUUAUGCUAAAAAAAAUGCACCUAAUCCUGGUGAAAAUUUACUCAAUUCAACAAUAGAUCUUAUUAAUCAUUUUACAUCUUGUUAUGAAGCAGUUAAACAUCAAUUACAAGAUGAACAUAUAAAAGAAAGAGAAAUUUUAUUAAAUAGUAGAUCAAUGACUGUAACUGGAACCAAUAAUACUGUUAGUAGAAAUGCUUUACAUCGACCAGCUAAACAAGCUAGACUUCGACCAUUAAUUCAACAUCAAACUCAACAAACUCGUGAAGGUGAUCAAGAACCAUCUAUUGAAAAUUGUAUUGGAAUUUCACCAAUACCAGUAACAAAAGCUGAUGAUCUCGUUAAAGUUUAUGAUGAAAAACUUCGUUUAUUACGUAAAUUAAAACCUGAAUUUUUCGAUAGUCAAGGUAAUCUUAUAUCUCGUAAUCCUCAAAGAGCCUAUUCAUAUAGUCAAGCUUCAAUACCAUCUUCUAAAAAAUCAACUGUAUCAUCUUUUCGAACUCCAUAUAAUACACUUCUAACAGCUGAAAAUAUUCCAUUUGAUGAUCGUCGAACAUUUUUAACUGAAUUUGCAAACGAAGAAGAAGAUAAUGAUAAGAAUAAUGAAGAUGAACAAAAACUUACACCUGUAAUGUCAACUCAACAAACAAAUUCAUUAAAUGAAAUUAUGAAAAAUAAUUAUGUUCUUAAAGUUCUUGAAAUAAAAACAAUGUCAAGUGCAACAUCAAAACGUGAUCGAACGAAAUCAGCAUCUGAUAAAGGAAGUUAUUAUCCAUAUAAAGGAAAUGCGACAGCUAAAACGACAUAA